AUUGAAGUAUAGAUUAAACUUUUCAAGAGUUCUCAGUGUGGUGUACUAGUCUUGAAAUUCAGGGUUCUCCAUUUUCGCUGAGUAAUUGGAGUUUUUUUUACUGAAGUCCUUUUUCGAAUUUAGGGAUGUUGGUGAUUUGGGAAAUUUUAAUGGAAAAGGAUUAAAGAAUUUGGUUGCUUUAGGAAAGACUUUAGGCUUCUCACUCAUUCCAUCUUGGAUUGUUUGCUCUAAUCAUUGUGCAAUGCCCAAAUUAAGUAAACUAUUGUGAUUUGUGAAGAUGCAUUUGAUUUUUUAUGUAAUCUUGAAAAGUGCACCGUCAAAUUGGUGAUUUAGAAUUUUAGCAAGGAUGUUACCAGCCUUGGAGUAAUUAAAGAAUGACAAAAAAAGGAGUAGUGUCGAACGGGUCAGGACAACCUGAAAGUAUUUCAGAUGGAAGCUGGUCAGAUUGAUGUUGAUGGUAGUGUUGAGAUUGUGACUGGGACAUCUUACACGCCUCCAGCCCCUCCAGCUCAGGAGGUCAAGGGCACCAAUCAGGAAUCACAAGAGAAAGAUAAAUCUUCAAGUGUCUCAAACUGUUAUGUCUUUAAGAGCCAACUGCAAGAAUAUUGUCAGAAAAUGGGAUUAGUCACUCCAGUUUAUGAAACUAUCAAGGAAGGCCCUUCUCACGAGCCUAUUUUUAAAUCAGCUGUUGUUGUGAACAAUGUUAGAUAUGAUUCUCUGCCUGGAUUUUUCAACCGGAAGGCAGCAGAGCAGUCAGCUGCUGAAGUUGCUCUCAUAGAGCUCGCCAAAUCCAACAAUGUUAAUUGCGGGAUCUCCCAACCUGUGCAUGAGACGGGCUUGUGCAAGAACUUGUUGCAAGAAUAUGCUCAAAAGAUGAACUAUGCCAUUCCUGUGUAUGACUGCCGUAAGGAAGAGAGAGAAGGCAAAGUGCCCAUGUAUUCCUGCAUUGUUGAAAUUGGGAGUAUCAAGUAUAUUGGAGCUUCAGCAGGCACAAAGAAAGAGGCUGAAAUAAAAGCUGCCAGGACGGCCUUGCUAGCCAUUCAGACUGCAGUGCCCGUCGCCGAAGAUCACACCACGGGAAACACCAUUUACACCGUUAUCCCACACAAAAAGAAGGCAUCUGAUCUUACAAUCAACAGUCAGGAGACUAAAGCAUCCCUGAAGCCAAAGAAAGGUCGGAUCAAGAAGCAGUAUCGGAAGAAGAGGCGGCCUGGGAUGAAAGACGAUGCUGCUGGAGGUACAGCUCAUAUGGAGGUCAGUGCAGAUGGCCAGGCUGGAGUCGGGUCAACUUCUACAGAUGCUGGGAGCUCUGAGACAAAUGCUGCUUUUGUUGUUGGAGUUGAUACAAUUGGACAGGGAGGAUUGCAAGUGGAUGCAGCUUAUAAUGUUGACAGUCAAGGCAAAAUGAGUGGUGGAUUGGAUAUGCAUGAGGAAAGGCAAAGACAAGAGCAGCCGCUUGGUGUCAGCUCCCAUGGAGAUUCUGGGAUGAAUACAUGCAGUACACACGAUGGACAUCUGGAAAAUGCUGGAGUUCCAGUGACGGAUGCUAACUGAUUAAGAGAGCUUCUAACCUAUGAUGUGGAUUGCCACCAUUGGUGAUAGAUUUUCAUAUUUGUCAAUUAGGUACUUACUACUAUGGAGGGAUAUGCCCAUGAAAACUUGUAUCAAAGAUCUAUUAGGCCAUGGAUUGAACUUUAGCUUAAUCAUGGCAGCCUGUAUUUUGAAUCUUUGAUGUCUCUUAGAAAUUGUAACAAAUUAACUCAGACUUAUUCAUGUGAUUUGCAUCAAACAGGCUGUGCACUUUCAGUGACAUUUUGAAUGGUGAAAAGAUUGUAUAAAGAUCCAAAUAGCUUGUGAGUA